AUGAAGUUUACGCUAAGCACCGUUACUAAAUGUUCUGGCCGGCUGGGAAUGCUGGGUGGCCUGCAAAGACUACCCAACGUAGGCCUCCAAACACCGGCGUUAAUUUUACACACAAAGGGAGGAUGUGUACCUCAUCUAAGCAAAGAAGUGAUGCAGCUUCUUUCCCAGGAGUCUGGUUUCCUUCAAGUCAGCAUUUCAAACACACUUCAAAUGCAGGAAGCAAUCAAAGCGAGCCAGCUGUCUUUUUCGGAAUUCACCGCUCAAAACAGCUGCGCCUCGUUGCUCUUCUUGCGGGAUCCAAGCGAAUCGCCCAUCGCGGGCAUACCAGAGAAGGAAAGUAUUCCUGUGUACACGCGCUACGGGCGACGAAACUUAACUGCCCAAGACUACAUGACGGUGGUGGAAACCUUUCGGCCCGACGCGUACGUUCCUCUGUAUGAUGGGGAUACGGACGCGGCAAGUUCGAAAAAACGCGAACAAAAGUCCCUCGACCGCACGGAAAAGUUUGUGGAGCAGUGUCUCGAACGACAUCGCAAUUCGGACGCUUUACGGACAUCCUGCCUCAUUGGGCCGAUCGUUGGUGGGUUCAACGAAAAGUUACGCGAGCGAUCAGUCAAUUUCCUGCAGAGCCUCGAUGCAUCUUUUGUGGGGUAUCUAAUAGAUGGCCUGUACACGCAUGGCGUGAAUGUGGAACACAUGGACGGAACGGCCACGUUGCCGAUUGUGACAGAUGUCUGCAGCAGGCUACCAGCAGAAAAAGUCCGUUUCUGCCUCGGUGCGUUCGAUCCGAAGCUCGUCCUAGAGAUGAUUGCGGCCGGAGUGGACAUUUUCGACACCAGUUACGUGUACGUUAAGUCCGCCCAACAACACCGGGCAUUAGUAUUUUCAUUUGACGUUGCAUCGCCAGGGGAACAUGUGACCGAGCUGGACACCACCGAUACAAGGUGGGCUGACGACUUUAGUCCAAUAUUACCCGGAUGCUCGUGUUACACGUGCAAGAAACAUUCCAGAGCGUACGUACAUCACCUGCACAAUACGCGCGAAAUGCUUGGUCCCAUUUUGCUAAUGAUUCAUAAUUUGCACCACUACAUGGAGUAUUUUAAAACAAUCCGGACCCACGUUAACAACGAUACGCUUCCGGAAUUGAAGAAACAUAUGGCGGAGCAGAAAACACUACCACCGUACAAACCACCCGUUGAGGAUAAAAAAGUACUACCCGCAAGUGUGCUGAAAACGGACUUACUGCCAGCAGCAGACGUUGUCGAGGACAAACAAAGCAAAAAGCAACGAGCUUAA